AUGACCUGGAUAUGUGCACCCCUGGAGACAACUUCGGAGCAGACCCUUCUGUGCUCUCCCACCGGGACCUAUCGGUGCCAACGUGGCCCAUUUUUGGCCAGAUGGACUGUGGCCGGCGAGCCUAUUAUUCAACAGACGAAGCGCAAGUGUAAUGAAUAUAUAUUGAGAAAGGCCUCAGUCUUCGUCCUCCGAGUAUCAGUCUUUCAGAACGAACCAUUUGCCCAAUUAGACGCAUCAAUUCAACUCGGAGAUGCCAACCCCCCAGAUGCCUAUGCGAGGGUGUCGGCUUCUUCCCAUGCUGCAUUUUCAGAUUGUCAUGUUUAUUCACAUGAGUAG